AUGGAGCUUGAACUAGGUCUGAAGAUCAUUCGAACAAAAGAAGAUGUCUCUUCCUCUACAGAUUACAAGGUUGCCAGAGAUGCUUUAUGUCAGGUCUCUCCUUCUAAAGAGACUGAUUCUGCGUUCAUCCUCACUCUUCAUCUCAAAGGGUUUAAGAAGAAGGGUGUUGAUGUUGAGAUAAAUGAAGAAGGAGAUCGGAUUACUAUAAAUGGAAGGAAAGAAGUAGAAGAAAUGGUAUUGGUAAAGUGGGUGGAAUGGAAGAAGGAAACUGAGAUUCAAGAAUUCAAGAAAGUGUUUAAAAUUCCAAAUAUUGUGAAUCUUGACAAGAUCAAAGCUAGGUUUAGUGAUGAAGAUGAGACUUUAACAGUUACAUUUCCCAAGAAAUUUAAGGGGAUGACUGGUUUGAAGAUUGAGGAGGAGGAAGAGGAGGAGGAAGAGGAGGAAACAGAGUUAGAAGAUGAGAAAGCAGAGGAAAUAACAGAGCCAGAAGAAGAGAAAACAGAGGAGAUAGCUGAACCAGAAGAAGAGAUCAAAGAGGAGACAAUACCUGAGGAAGAAGCAGAAGAAGAGCCAAAGAUGGAAGAGGAAGAAGGGAUAGUGGAGGAAGAAGAAACAAGGGAUCAUGAGGAAGAAGUUGAAGAAAAAGAAAUGGAGCAAUCAACUAAUCAAAAUUCUCAGAGACAGAUCCAACACACAAGAAAGGAGUUAGUAAUGGAGCUAGAAUUAGGGUUAAAGGUCACAAGAACGACAGAAGAUGUAUCUUCCUCAGUUGAUUUUCGCUUCUCAAAAGACCCAUUUGGUCCUCUGGUGCUUUCUCAAGAAACAGAUUCAAGGUUCAUCAUCAUCAUCCAUCUUAAAGGAUUUAAGAAGGAAGGUAUUGAGAUUGAUAUAAACAAAGAGGGAGAUAGGAUUACUAUAAGAGGAAGGAAACCUGUUGAAGAAAUGGUUAUGAUUAGAUGGAUGGCAUGGAGGAAAGAAGUUGAGAUGAGAGCGUUCAAGAAAGUUUUUCUGAUUCCAGAUUUUGUUGAUUUAGAUAAGAUUAAAGCUAGAUUUGAUGAUGAUGAUGCUACUCUUACAAUCACAAUGCCUAAAAGAGUAAAAGGAAUCUCUGGAUUUAAUCUUGAGCAAGAGGAGGAGGAGGAGGAAGAGAGUGUGGACUUUGGAGAUGUGAGUGAAGUUGAGAACAGAGAAGAUGUUGAAGAGGAGAAUGUAGAAAGAGAAGAAUCUGAUGAACAGUCUGAGACUCAAGGAGAAGAAGGUUUUGGUGAGAUGAUGGAAGAUAAAGAAAGAGAGAGUCAAGUUUUUGAAGGUGAAGAAGAAGCUAAAAUUGAGGAUGAUGAUUUAGAAAAGAUUCCACAGAUAGAUGAACAAGACAAGGUUUUUGAAUUUGAUGAAGAAGAGGCCGUUGGUCAACAAGAGUUGGCUGAUUCAGACAUAGAGAGUGAGGACAGUGGCUUAGAAAAGCUUCUAGACAUUAAAGAAGAGAUUAAAAGUGAGGACACUGGAUCAGGAGCAGUUCAAGAGACUGAAGAACAACAAUCUGAUGAGGACAGUGGCUUAAAAAAUCUUCUGGACAUUAUAGAACAAGAAGAUAAGCAAGCAGUAAUGGAGGAGAAAGUUUCAGAAGAGGCCAAAAGUGAUGACCUUAAAUCUGAAGCAACUGAAGAGAUUGAAGAACAAGCAUCUGAUGAGGACAGUGGCUUGAAAAAUCUUCCUGGCAUGAUAGAAAAAGAAGAUAGCCAAGAAGUAAUUGAGCAGAAAGUUUCAGAAGACACUAAUAGUGAUGACACUGGACCAGGAGCAGUUCAGGAGAUUGAAAAACAAGAAUCUGAUGAUGAAAGUGGCUUAAAAAAUCUUGAAGACAUUAUAGAACAAGAAGAUAACCAAGAAGUAAUGGAACAUAAAGUUUCAGAAGAGAUUAAAAGUUUUGACACUGGAUCUGAAGCAGUUAAAGAGACUGAAGAACAAGAAUCUGAUGAUGACAGUGGCUUAAAAAAUCUUAGAGACAUUAUAGAGCAAGAAGUAAUUGACCAGAAAGUUUCAGAAGAGGCUAAAAGUAAUGAUAUUGGAUCAGGAGCAGUUGAAGAGACUGAAAAACAAGAAACUGAUGAGGUCGUUGGAACCAGUAAGAAGAGUAGAGAAAUGAAAAAUAAAAAGACUGAUGGUGGUGAUGAUGAUAAUGAUGGUUUGAGAAAGGCUCAAAGGAUUAAAGAACCAGAGAGAUACAACAAAGAAAGCAAGAUUCAAGAAAUGGUUGAAGAAGAAACAUGUGGUCAAGAGAAGAUAAAAAAUAAGGAUUCCAAGGGAGAGUUUGAUGGGAAAGAAGCUCAAACUGAGGAUGAAGACUUAGAAAAGAGACAACAGACUGAUGAAGAAGGAAAAGUUAGUCAACAUGAGAUUGCUGAUUCAGUUACAGAGAGUGAAGACAGCAGUAGCUUAAGAAAGCCUACAGAUAUUUUAGAACAAGACGUGAAGAAGCAAAAUGAUUCACAAGCAGAGACUAGGAGUGAUGGUUUUGGGUCUGGAGCAUUUGAAGAGAUUCAAAAACAAGAACCUCGUGAGAAUGAUGAUGGCUUGAGAAAGGCUCAAGGAAUUAGAGAGGCAAAGAGACGCAAUGAAGUAAGAAAGAACCAAGAAAUGGUGGAAGGGGAAACAAGUGAUCCUGAGAAGAGAAAAAAUGUAAAGAUGGAGACAAAAAGAAAGGAUCCAAAAGAAGACGUUGAUGCAGAGAUAGGAGAAGGAUCCACACCAAACACUGAGAGAACACAAGUAGUUUCAGAAACUGAGACAAAACUUGAGGAACAUGAAUCUGAAAAGCCAGAAGCAGAUGAGGUAGACAAGAAACAUGAAUUUGCUGAGAAGAAAGCAGAGGAAAAUACUAAGGUGAGAAGAGAAAGUGAAGAUAGAAGAAGCUUAGUAAAGCUGAAGGAGAAUAAAGAGCAACAUUCUAAGGGACAAAAGCAACAAGACAAACAUGAAAGUAUCAAAGAAGUGGUGGAAGAGGAAGCUCCAGAGGCAGAGACAAACAUAGAGAAUGAUGUUCAGAAACAAGUUCAGGAGUCUGAAGCAUCAGAGGUGGAUACUAUAGUUAAAACAUAUGAUGAAGGAAAAGAUAAGAAGAAGAGUAUGAAUAUGGAGACUGCACCAAACAUUGCAGAAACUGAGACAAAACCUGAAGAUUUUGAAUCUGAGAAACAAGGAGCAGAUAAGGUAGACAGGAGGCAUAAACUGGUAGAGAAGAAACAAGAGGAAGAUGCUAAUGUGAAAGCAAAAUGUGAAGACAUAAGCUUACUAAAGUUUCAAGAGGAUGAAGAGCAACAUUCUAAGGGAAGAAAGCGACAAGACAAACAAGAAAAUAUCAAAGAAUUGGUGGAAGAGAAAACUCAAGAGGCAGAGAAAAAUAUAGGGAAUGAUGUUCCGAGACCAGCGAAAGAGACUGAACCUGAGGAGGGUGCGUCAGGGAAAGUAAUGGAGCAGAAAGUUUCAGAAGAGACUAAAAGUGAUAACAUUGGAUCAGGAGCAGUUGAAGAGAUGGAGGAAAAGAUAACAGGUGGUCAAGAGAAGAGUGCCAAGGAAGAAUCCAAAGGAAAAGAAACUCAAACUGAGGAUGAAAUAGGCAAGAUUUUGGAAUCUGCUGAAGAGAAAAAUGUUGAUCAACAAGAGUUUGCUGAUUCAGUUACAGACAGCAGAAGCUUAAGAAAGCCUCCAGAUAUUUUAGAACAAGAGAAUAACCAAGAGGUGAUGGAGCAGAAAGAUUCACAAGAAGAGACUAGAAGUGAUGGUUUUGGAUGUAGAGAUUCUGAAGAGAUUGAGAAACAAGAACCUUGUGAGCAGCUAGAUGGAGCAAGUAAAAGUAGAGAAAAGGCUGAUGAUGAUGGCUUGAGCAAGGUUCAAGGGAGUGAAGAACCAGAGAGACGCAAUGCAGUAAGAAAGAUCCAAGAAAUGGUGGAAGGGGGAACAAGUGAUCAUGAAAAGAGAAAAAUUGUAAAGAUGGAGACAAAGAAUAAGGAUCCAAAAGAAGACGUUGAUGCAGACAUUGGCAAAGGAUCACAAGUAGUUGCAGAAACUGAGACAAAAGCUGAGGAGCUUGAAUAUAUAAAACCAGAAGCAGAUGAGGAAGACGAAGAUACUAAGGUGAGAAGAGAAAGUGAAGACAGAAGAAGCUUAGUAAAGCUUAAGGAGAAUGAAGAGCAACAAGACAAAGAAGAAAAUAUCAAAGAGUUGGUGAAAGAGAAAGCUCCAGAGGCAGAGACAAGUAUAGAGAAUGAUGUUGCGAAACCAGUUCAGGAGACUGAAGCAUCAGAGAUAGAAAAUGAAGGGAAAGAGAAGAAGAAGAAGAAGAAGAAGAAAAAUGUGGAGAUGGAGACUGCACCAAAAAUUGCAGAAAAUGAGACAAAACCUGAAGAUGAGGUAGACAACAUACAUAAACUGGUAGAGAAGAAAGACGAAGAAGAUGCCAAUGUGAGAGCAAAAGGUGAAGACAAUAUCUUAACAAAGCUCCAAGAGAAUGAAGAACCACAUUCUCAGGGACGAAAGGGACAAGACACACACGAUGACGUCAAAGAAUUUGUGGAAGAGAAAAUUCCAGAGGCAGAGACAGAUAUGAUCAAUGAUGUUCCGAAACCAGUUCAAAAGAUCGAAGUACCAGAGGCAGGUACGUUAGGGGAAACAGGUGAUCAAGGAAAAAAGAAUAAAAGUGCAGCAAAAAUUGUAGUAACUGAGACAAAACCUGAGGAUUUUGAGUCUGAUAAAGUAGAAGGAGAUGAGGUUGAGAAGAUACACAAACUGGUUGAGAAGAAAGAGGAGGAAGAUGAGAAUAAUGCUGAGGUGGGAACACAAAGUGAAUACAUUAGCUCCAUAAAGCCUCAAGAAGCUGGAGAACAACUAUCUCAGGGACAAAAGCGACACGAAAAGAUCAAAGAACUGGUGGAAGAGGAAACUGAAGAGGCAGAGACAAAUAUAAAGAAUGAUACUCCAAAACCAGUUCAGGAGGAAACAAAAGAUGCUGAGUCAAGAAAACCACAAGAGACUAUUAGACAACAAAAUUUAGAUGAAUGUGAAAGAUCCAAGCAAGAAAGCAAGACUCAAGAACUGGUUAAGAGCAAAACAAAUGAUAUAGAGAAAGAGGAGAAAGAGAUUCAAGAGACAGUAACAAAGGAGCAAGAGUCAUGUAGACCAAAAGUACUCGGAGAAGAAGAAGAAAAGUUCAAAGAACUAGAUGAAGAGAAGCCACAUUUUUCGAAAAAUAGAAAAUCCAAGGAUGAAGAAGAUAUUCUAGAGAAGAAAACAGAACUUGGUGAUGAUAAUGAUAUCUCAAGAAAAGCUGGAGAUUCAGAUCCUAAAGAAAAGGUUGAUGCGGAAAUGGGCAAAGGAUUCGCACCAAGCAUUGCAGAAACUGAGACAAAACCUGAAGAUUUUGAAUCUGAGAAACCAGUAGAGAAGAAAGAAGAGGAAGAUGCUAAUGUGAGAAGAAAAAGUGAAGACAAAAGCUUAAUAAAGCUUCAUGAGAAUGAAGAACAACAUUCUGAGGGAAGAAAGAGACAAGACAAACAAGAAAGUUUAAAAGAAUUGGUGGAAGAGAAAGCUCCAGAGGAAGAGACAAAUGUAAUGAAUGAUGUUCAGACGCCAGUUCACCAAGAGCUUGAGCCAGAGGUGCGUACAAACACUGGAGAAACUGAGACAAAACCUGAUGAGUUUGUGUCUGAUCAACUAGAAUCAUAUAAGGUAGGAGAGAUACAUGAACUGGUUGAGAAGAAGAAAGAGGUGGAAGAUGAGAAAAAUGCUGAGGUUGGAACAGAAAGUGAAGAAGGCAUUAUUAGCUUAUUAAAGCCUCAGGAAAUUGGAGAACAACAACAGUCUCAGCAACACUACAACCAAGGAAAGAUUGAGGAACUGGAGGAAGAGAAAACUCCAGAAGCAGAGACAAAUAGAGAAACUGAUACUUUGAAACCAGUUCAGGUGGAUACACCAAACAUUUCAGAAACUGAGACAAAACCUGAAGAUAUUGAAUCUGAAAAACAAGGAGCAGAUGAGGUAGACAAGAUGCAUAAACUGGUGGAGAAGAAAGAAGAGGAAGAUGCUAAUGCGAGAUCAAAAAGUGAAGACAGUAUCUUAACAAAGCUUCAAGAGGAUGAAGAACAAGAAAAACAAGAAAAUAUCAAAGAAUUGGUCGAAGAGAAAACUCCAGAGGCAGAGAGAAGUAUGGCGAAUGAUGUUCUGAAACCAGUUCAAGAGAUCGAAGUACCAAACAUUGCAGUAGCUGAGACAAAAACUGAGGAGUUUGAAUCUGAUAAAGUGGAACCUGAUGAGGUUGAGAAGAUACACAAACUUGUUGAGAAGAAAGAGGACGAAGAUGAAAAAAAUGGUAAGGCUAGAACACAAAGUGAAGAUAUUAGCUCCAUAAAGCCUCAGGGAGUUGGAGAACAACAAUCUCAGGGACAAAAGCCACACGACAAACACGAAAAGAUCAGAGAAUUGGUGGAAGAGAAAACUAUAGUGAAUGAUACUCCCAAGCCAGUUCAUGAGGAAACAAAUCAUGCUGAGUCAAGAAAACCACAAAAGACUAGUAGACAGCAAGAGUUGGAUGAAUGUGAAAGAUCCGAGCAAGAAAGCAAGACUCAAGAACUGGUGAAGAGCAAAACAAAUGAUGAAGAGAAAGAGGAAAAAUACAUUGAAGAAACAGUAACAGAGGAGCAAGAUUCAUAUAGACCAAAAGAAAUUGGAGAAGAAGAAGAAAAGGUCCAAGAACUAGCUGAAGAGAAGCCGCAUUUUUCUAAAAAUAGAAACCUCAAGAGGGAAGAAAAAGUUCCAGAGAAGAAAAUAGAACUUGGUGAUGAUGAUUGCUCAAGAAAAGCUGGAGAUUCAGGUGCUAGAGAAGAGCUUGAUGCGGAAAUGGGCAAAGGAUUUGCAUCAAACACUGCAGAAACUGAAAAAAAACCUGAAGUUUCUGAAUCUGAGAAACUAGGAGCAGUUGAGCUAGAGAAGAUACAAAAACCAGUAGAGAAGAAAAAUGAGAAAGCUGCUUGUGUGAGAAGAAAAAGUGAAGACAGAAGCUUAAUAAAGCUUCAGGAGAAUGAAGAACAACAUUCUGAAGGAAGAAAGAGACAAGACAAACAAGAAAGUAUAAAAGAAUUGGUGGAAGAGAAAGCUCCAGAGGAAGAUCAAGAUCUUGAACCAGAGUUGGGUACAUUAGGGGAAACAGGUGGAAAGGAGAAGAAGAAAAGUGAAAGUUUGGAUGCCAAAGAAGAACUUGAUGUGAAAUUGGGCGUACCAAACACUGGAGAAACUGAGAAAAAACCUGAUGAGUUUGUGUCUGAUAAAAUAGAAUCAGAUAAGGUAGAAGAGAUGCAUGAACUUGUUGAGAAGAAGAAAGAGGUGGAAGAUGAGAAAAAUGCUGAGGUUGGAACAGAAAGUGAAGAAGGCAUUAUUAGCUUAUUAAAGCCUCAGGAAAUUGAAGAGAAAACUCCAGAGGCAGAGACAAAUAGAGAAACCGAUACUUUGAAACCAGUUCAGGAGAGAGGUGAGGAAAAACAAAAGAUCCCAAAACUUUCCCAAGAGGAAAGAAAGGAGCAGCCACAGGAGCACAAAGAGAAAAUGGUAGAGACAGGGAACAAGAUUGAUGAUGCUGGCUCAAGAAAAGUUCAAGAGAUUAUUACACAACAUGACUUGGAGACAGAUACUCCAACACCAGUUCAGGAACCAGAUUUGGAUAUGUUAGGGAAAACAGGUAAUGAUGGAAAAGAAAAGAAGAAAAGUGUUGCAAUGGAAAUAAAAAAUGGCCAGGGAGUUGCAGCAAAUAUUGCAGAAACUGAAACAAAACAUGAGGAGCUUGAUAAGUUAGAAUCAGAAGAGGUAGAGGAACUGGUUGAGAAGAAAGAAGAGGACAAUGCUAAGAAGAGAGGACAAAGUAAAGACAGUAUCAGACAGCAAGACUUGGAUGAAGUAGAAAGAUGUGAGAAAGAAAGCAAGAUCCAAGAAGUGGUGAAAGGCAAAACAAAUGAUGAAGAGAAAGAGGAGAAGGGUUUUUCGAAAAAUAGAAAAAUCAAGGAGGAAGAAAAAAAUCCAGAAAAGAAAACAGAACUUGGUGAUGAUGAUGAUAUCUCAAGAAAAGAUGGAGAUUCAGAUGCCAAAGAAGAGGUUGAUGCAGAAAUGGGCAGAGGUUUUGCACAAAGCAUUGCAGAAACCGAUAAGGUAGACAAGAUACAUGAAAUGGUUGAGAAGAAAGAGGAGGAAGAUGAUAAAAAUGCUAAGGUUGGAACACAAAGUGAAGAUAUUAGCUUAAUAAAGCCUCAGGAAGUUAGAGAACAAGAAAAGAUUGAGGACUUGGUGGAAGAGAAAACUCCAGAAGCAGAGACAAAUAUAGGAAAUGAUACUUUGAAACCAGUUCAGGAGACAGGUGAGGGAAUACAAAAGAAGCAGCGAGAAGAGCACAAAGAGAAAAUGGUUGAUGAUGCUGGCUCAAAAAAAGGUCAAGAGAUUAUUAGAAAACAAGACUUGGAUGAAGCAGAAAGAUGUAAGGAAAGCAAGACCAAAGAAUCGGUGAAAAGCAAAACAAAGGAUGAAGAGAAAGGAAUUGAACAAACAGAAACAAAGGAGCAAGUGUCAUAUAAACCAAAAAUACUAUGGGAUGAAGAAACUGCAGAGAAGAAAAUAGAUUUUGAUGAAGUUUUAAGAAGAGUUGGAGAUGCUGAAGAGAGAGAUUCAGAUUCCAAAGAAGAAGUUGAUGCGGAAAUGGAGAAAGGGUUCAAACCAAAUAUUGCAGAAACUGAGACAAAAGGUGAGGAGUUUGACUUUCAAAAAAUGGAACCAGAUGAGAAUGAUGAUGUACAUGAAGUGGUUGAAGAGAAAAAUGCUAAGGUGAGAGAACAAAGCGAAGACAGAAGCUUAAUAAAGCUUCAAGAGAAUGAAAGACAACAUUCAAAGAGACAAAAGCGACAAGAUAAAACUGCAGAGACAGAGAUUAAUAUUCCAACACCAGUUGGAGUUACUGGACAAAGAGAUUCAGAUGCCAAAGAAGAGUUUGAUCCUGAAAUUGGCAAAGGAAGCACACCAAACAUUUCAGAAACUGAGAAAAAAGCUGAUACAGUAAAACCAGUUGAGGAAGACAUGAUAAAUGAACAGGUUGAGAAGAAGAAGAAGAAAGAGGAAAAUGAUAAGGUGAGAAGACAAAGUGAAGACACUGGCUUAAAGAGGCUCCAAGAACAAAAGUCUCAGGGACCAAAUGGUCAAAACAAACAAGAAAAUACCAACGAAUUGGUGGAAGAGAAACCAGUUUUAAAGGGUAAAAGACCAGAGGUGAGUACGUUAGAGACAUAUCAGGAAAAAGUAUUUGCAGAAACAGAAACAAAGGAUCAAGAGUCUUAUAGACCAAAAAUACUUGAAGGAGAAGACACAAUCCAAGAACUAGCUGAAGAGAAGAUUGACGUUUCAAGAAAAGUUGAGGAGGAAGAAGAAACUGCAGAGAAUAAUACAGAACUUAGUGAUGAUGAUAUGUCAAGAAAAGGUUCAGAUGCAAUGAAGGGACAAGAAGAAAACGAAGAGUUUCAAGAAUUAGCACAGGAAGAACAAAUAAGUGAUGGCGGCAAGAAGAUCGUUGGAGAGGCAAUAUCUGAGAAUGGUAGGCAAAGAAAAGUUCAAGAGAUUGAUGAACAUCGACCACAUGAAGAAGAUAAACAUGGAAAUCAAUUCCAGAAACUUAUAGGAGGAGAAACAAGUGGUCAAGGAGAAAAUGAAGAUGUAGAGAGCGAGAAGAAAACAACAGAGGCAGACAAAAGAUUCAGAGAAUCUCAAGAGAUUGAAAGAACAGACUCAGAUGUAAAAUAUGGUAAAGGAGAGAUGUUUCAAGAACUCCAAAAAGAAGAGAAGGAGGAUGAAGCUGACAUACCAGCAAGAGGGACAGGUACAAUACAACAAGAAUUGGUUAAUCUGAAGAGUCAAAUGGAGCAAGAAACUGGAGAAGAGACUCAAGAACUGUUGGAUGAGAGAAUCAAUCAUUGCAAAGAAGAAGAAGAAUCAGAGACCAAAACUGAUGAUGUCAUUAGAAUGCUUGAAGAUACUAAAGAACAGGAGUUGCUUGAACCAACAAGGAACCAUGUUAGCAAGAUUGAAGAAGUGAUAGAAGAGAAAAUCGCUGAGCCGGAGAUAGAAGAUGAAUAUGGUGGCUUACGUAAAGUACACGGUACUGAAGAACAUGAGUCAUAUGAACGCUAUAAGAGCAACAUAACUGGGACAGAGGAACCAAGUGGUCAAGAGAAGGAGGUUAAGGAGAAAGUUUUAGAGUUUAGGACAGUUACAGAGAAAGAAAAAUCCCCUAAUUCUCAAGAGAUUAAGGACCAACGACCUGACAAAGAGAGUCAUGAGAAACCAUACAAAAUUCAAGAACUGGUGGGAGCUAAAGACAAUGACCACCAUGAUGGAUUCAAGAGACCUGUAGUGCAAGACAAGAAGCAAGAAACAGAGAAAAAAGAGAUGAAUAGAGAAUUAAAGGAGGGGGAUACUGUGGAGAGGAGAACAAAACCUGAAGAUGUUAGCUUUAGAAAAGGCCAAGAUGAUGAAGAUCCAGAAAUGAGUAAACCUUAUAUGCCACAAGAAGAAGACAAGAUCCAGGAACCAGUGGAAAUGGGGACAAGUGACUACAAAGAAACAGUCAAGAAACAAGAUGGGAAUGAUACUUUAAGAAGUAAAGAGUCUGGAAAACCAAAUCUAGAUGAACUUGAGAGACACAGUGAGCAAAAGAAGAUUUAUCAAGGAGAAGACAAGAUCCAGGAACCAGUGAAAAUGAGAACACAUGAUUACAGCGAGAAAGCCAAGAAACAAGAUGGGGAUGUGGAAGAAGAAGGAAAUGUGGAAGAUGGCAGCUCAGAACAGCUUCAGGAGAUUGAAGAAAGAAAAUCACAUGAAGAUUGGUCAGAUGAGAUGCAGGAGAAGAGAAAAGAUUUUUGUAAAGAGGAAGCAACUGAUCCUAAAGAAUCAGAGGAAAAGAAUAAAACUAGAGCAGUGGAGGAGGAGAAGGAGAUUGUGGAGAGGAGGACAAAAAAUAGAGAUGGUAGCUUGAGAAAUGUUCAAGAUGAUGCAGAGCCAGAACCGAGUACACCUUAUAAGCCACAAGAAGAAGACAAGGUCUAUGAAUCAGUGGAAACGGGAACAAGUGGUUACAGAGAAAAGGUCAAGAAACAAGAUGGGACUGAUACUUUAAGGAGAAAAAGUCCCAAAGAUAAACACACAGCUGAAUCAGACCAUUAUGACCAUGAAGAAGAACAAGAGGAAGAGAAGGUUAUUGCCAAGACAGAACUGAAAGCUGAGGAAGAUACCACAGGAAAGAUUCAAGAAACUGAAAAGCAGAAGCCUGAUGAAUUGCAGAGAUCUUUGGUACAAGAAAAUAUGCAAGAAACAGAGGAAAAGGAAGAAAUUACAGCCAUGGAGGAGAGUGAGAUUCUGGAGAGAAGGACAGAAACUGAAGAUGGUAGCUUAAGAGAAGUUGGAGAUGGAAAAGAAGCAGAAUCUAGUAAACCUUAUAAGAGACGAGAUGAAAACAAGAUCCAGGAACUAGAGAAAAUGGAGACAAGUGAGUACAGAGAAAAAUUCAAGACACAAGAUGGAGAUGAUGUCUUAAGAAGCCAAGAAACUGAGAAACUGGAUUUAGUUAAAGAAGAAGCAACUGGUCCCAAAGAUGAACAAGGAGAAAGUGAAGAAGAAAGAUAUGAGAAAGUUGCACACACGGAGACAAAAGUUGAGGAUGAGAUCAACAAAGAGGUAGAAGAGAUCCAAAAAGAAGAACAAGAUUCCUUAGAUGAUCCUAUGACAAAGAUUAAAGAAAGUGAAAAAGAAGAAUUACAUGAACCAGAGAUUCACGAGAAGCUACACAUAGUCCAAGACUUUGUUGAAGAGGAAACAGUGGAUCAAGUAGAUGAUGAAGAUAGUUCAAGAAUACUGCAAACUAUGAAAGAACAUGAAGAUGGCAAGGAACAAAGAAAUAUUCCCAAAAUACAUGAUCCUAAAGUGAAUGGAGAAGAUGAAGAAAGAAUCGUCGAGAAAGAAGCACAUGUCCAAGAACUUGAAGGAAAAACAGAGAAAUUCAAAGAUUACAAUGAAGAAAGGAGAGAACAAGAAACCAAACGAGGGAAGACUGUUGAGACAAAAAGUGACUAUGUUAAUGUGAAUAAGCGUGGAGAGACUAAAGUGCAAGAAUCAGAUGAAAAGAAAAAUCAAGAACCGGGAGAAAAGAUUGAAGAACUAGAGAGGAAAGAAGCGAGUAAUCAUGGGGUAAAGCUGGUGACUGAAGAGGAUAGCCUUACAGAAGGUCAAGAGUUUAUAGAAAAUGAGUCAUCAAAGAGACGACCAAUGGGACAAGAGAACAUUCAGCAACUUAAGGAUGCAGAAAACGAAGAAGAUGAGGGGAAAUCAGAUGCAGGAGUGGAGAUGCAAGCUAAGAUUAAUGAAGAGAAGGGUAUAAAAGCAAGUGAGAAAGUUGCAGAAGUGGAUAUGCAAGCUAAUAUUGGCAUCAGAGUGAAGGACCAAGAAACCAAAAGACAAGAACCAUAUGAGCUUCUAAAGAAUGAAGAGCAUGACAAGAUUCCAGAACCGACUCUGGAAGGAACAAAACAUGAAAGAGAGGGGGAUAGAGAAGUUGAAGAGAUGAAGAGAAAAUAUGAGGAUGUUAGCUCAAGAGAGGUUCAGAAGAUUAAAGCAGAAGAAGAAGAUGGUUUAGAGAAACACAAGAAACUAAGUGGGUUCCAAGAGGAAUUGAAUGAAGCUGGAGGAUAUAAUGAAGUGCUGGAGAGAAAAUCUAUGGAAGAUUCAAGCCAGUCCCAAGAUGUUGAAGAAAAGAGAUCAGAUCAGACAGAGAGAUAUGCAGAACAAGAAGAGCUAGUGGCCGAGGUGGAAGAAGAGAAAGAGCAGAACGAGAAGGCAAAGAGAAUGCCUCAGGUGGAGUCAAAAGCUAAUGAUGAUAUUUCAGAGAAGAAUGAGACACAAAGAUUGAGAGGACAAAAGAAAAACAAAGAUUCUCAGCCAGUGGCGAAAACAGAAACAAGUGAUAAGAGGAAAGAAGAAAGGGAAGAGAAGAUUGUUGGUGAAGCUGUCACAAGAGAUGAAUGUGAUAGCUCAAGGAAAAAUCAAGAACAUGAAGAAGAGCAGUCAGAUAAACUAGGAAGACUUGGGGAAGAGGAGUCAGAUAAACUAGGAAAACAUGGGGAAGAAGAAGAAGAAGAGAUGAGUGGGUCACUUGCAAUAGAGGAAACAAGCAAGGAUAAAGGAGAAAACAGAAGAAACAGAGCAGGUGCAGACACAACAAGCAAGGAUGAUGGCUUUAGAGAAGAGCAAUUAGCGAUAGUUUUGAGACACGAAGAGCAAGACAAGAAGCAGUUAGUUUCGGAAAAGAACACAAGUAAAGCAAAGGAUAAAAGGAAUCAAGAGACAAAGAGUAGAGAUGAAAGCUCAAGAAGGACUAGAGAAAACGAAAAGCAAGAGUCUCAUGAGCAAAAGAGAAACUAUGAGGAACAAGACAAGAGUUUGGUGGAAGAGAAAAUAAACAACCAAGAAAAGGAAGACAAGAAGAGCAUGUUUUUGGAGAUCUCUGAAGACCAUGAAUCAAAAGAACCUGAAAGAAUGAGAAAACAAGACAAGGGGAGUGAACUAGUGCAACAAAGAUCAACAGAUAACCUUCAAGAUGAAGAAACAAAAAUCAGUGACAAAGAAUCAAGCAAGACUCAUCAGCUCAUAGAAACAGUAACAGGUGCAGAAGAGAGACGUAAAGAACAAGGAAGGAUCAAACAAUCGGAGGAAGACACAACACAUUCUUGCAAAGAAACUGAGUGUGAAGAGGGUAGCUCAAAAAAGAUUCAAGAGAUAGACAAAGAAGAAUCAGAUGAACCAAGAAAAGAUGUGGAAAGAGACAAGAAUCAACCAGUGGAUAGUGAAACAAGUGAAGACGACUCAGAAGAGCUAGAAGUUGAAGUUGAAGACUCAGAAGAAGAUUGGGAAGCUGAAGUGAUUCAAGAAAUGGAUUCAGAUGAUGAUAAUGAUAAACAUAGAAAGAUAAGAAGAAUUAAACUAGGGUUUAGGUUAGUUGGAGGAUCAACAUUGUUUAUGUCACUUAUAGUCAUAGUUUUCCGUUUGAUUCAUUCCAAGAGAAAAAUAAAAUGUUACAAGUUCUAA